GAGAGAGAGAGAGAGAGAACGAAACAAACGUCGUUUUGUGGUCUAGCAGCAGCAGAGCAGCAGCGUCAAAGUCAGCACAAACAUGUCUACCGAUUCGAGUCGACGCAUCCAGGUUCCCGAUGAGCUCAAGGAGGUGCUUUUGCAGUUCUCGAUUUCGUAUUUGGUCGAACAGCCGCCGGAUCUGAUUGACUUUGCUGCCGAUUACUUCAACAAACUUCAGGCUAAUCGGCCAGUCACAGGCAGCACCGAUAACACGGCCGAUGAUAAUCAAAGCGUCAACUCACAGGAAGGCGAUGCGGAACCACCAGCAGUACAAAGCACACGUCGCAAAUCAGUGUUCGCCGAGGCUUACGAUCCGGAGGCGGAUGAUGAUGAUGAUGGCGCAACUGCCRUAUUCCCCAAGACAGAUGAACAGCGCGCGCGUCUCAUCGAGUCAGUGAAGAAUGUGCUGCUCUUCCGUUCGCUCGAGAAGGAACAGAUGAAUCAAGUGCUGGAUGCGAUGUUCGAGCGAAAGGUGCAGCCGGGCGAUUUCAUCAUACGCCAGGGUGAUGAUGGCGAUAAUUUUUAUGUUAUUGAAUCUGGCAUCUAUAAGGUCUAUAUAAAUGAUAAACACAUUAGCACCUAUACCCACACCGGACUAUUUGGUGAAUUAGCGCUGCUCUACAAUAUGCCCAGAGCGGCUACCGUACAGGCUGAAACAGUUGGGCUACUCUGGGCCAUGGAUCGUCAGACAUUCCGGCGCAUAUUGCUCAAGUCGGCGUUCAAGAAGCGAAAAAUGUACGAGGAGCUGCUAAACAGUGUGCCCAUGUUAAAGGCGCUGCAGAACUACGAGCGUAUGAAUCUGGCCGAUGCUCUGGUCACCAAGACCUACGAGGAUGGCGAACGUAUCAUCAAGCAGGGUGAUGCUGCUGAUGGCAUGUACUUCAUCGAGGAGGGCACUGUAUCGGUGCGCAUGGAUCAGGAUGAUUCCGAAAUCGAGAUAUCCCAGCUGGGCAAGGGUCAAUACUUUGGUGAACUGGCCCUGGUGACACAUCGGCCAAGGGCUGCUUCCGUUUACGCCACGGGCGGCACUGUAAAGCUCGCAUUCCUCGAUGUGAGAGCAUUUGAGCGUCUGCUCGGUCCCUGCAUGGAUAUUAUGAAGCGCAACAUUGAUGACUAUGAAUCGCAGCUGGUUAAAAUAUUUGGCAGCAAAAAUAAUAUCACCGAUACACGAUAAAAAGUCUGAAACAACAACAAUAACAACAACA